AACCAUUCAAACCCUUAGAUCGAAUCUCAAAUGGAGAGUGACGAUCUUUACGACUCAUUUUCUCCUCCCAAAGAAGCUUCCCCCCAACUUCACCAUCGCCGGCUGAAACGCUUAAAGAAAGCAACUGGUAUCAUCGAUGCCGCACCAUCUCAACCUAUGCAGGCCGAUCUUUUAGCGUCUUCAUCGAUCUUUUCAAAGCUAGAAGCCUUAGAGCGGUCUGAAGUAGCCAACAAAGAUUACUCGCCAAAUCUAUCGAAUUCCGAGAGCUUCGAUGCGGAUAUUGAGUUCAAUUCUGAUCUAGUGUCUCCUGCGGUGGAUCGUAAAGAAGCUAAGAGAUCUCUGGAUUUUGGCGUUGAGCACGAUGAUGUUGAUGAAAGUUUCGUUGAUAGAGGUGAUGAGAAGCCUGUAGAAGGGAAUUCCGUAGAGGAUUCUGAUGUUAAUGUUUCCAAGGCAAAGAAAAGGAAUUUUGAUGAAAGUAAAGGAAAAAAGAAAAAGAAGGAAGACAGGAGCGAGGGGAAUGAUGUGAAGCCCAAAACGUCUUCCUCUAACAAAAGAAGAGAGGAAAAGGAAAGAAGAGAAUAUCUUCAGCUGCUUCACGCUGAGUCUCAGAAGUUAUUGAGAGAAACUAGUGGUGCAGCGUUCAAGCCAAUACCAAUUGUACACAAGCCUAUAGGAUCAGUUCUGGAAAAGAUAAGGCAAAGGAAACUUGAGAUGUUGAAGAAGUCUGCUUCAGCUUCAGCUUCAGCUUCAGUUAAUUCUCUUAACAACCCUCCCUCCGAGGGAUUGACUAGGGAUUAUGAUCCCAGUGAUUCAGUUCAGUUUCAACGGGUUGACAAAUCUGAGGAGAUAGAUGGAGUGGAGUUGGGAGCGUGUUGUGCAGAUAUGAAAAAUACUUCAAUUGAUGAAACUGACAUGGAUGUUUGUAAGGUGCCUGUAUCAAGCUCAAAGGAUGACAGCCAUAAUCUGCAAAUGGUUCAUGACGAACCACAACCUUUGCUUCAGCCUCGAGCACCACUAGAUGACACCGAGGAUCUCUUUGAUAAUGAUGAGAUGCCCCGUGGCCAGAAGAGUACUCUAGAAGAACCUUUAGGAAUAUCUCCACUUCUAAUGGAAUUGAAGUUUGAUUCUGCUCUAUCCAAUGACAUUUGUUCUGAUGAAGAGGAGGAAUAUAAUGACAAGGAGAAUAUUGUUCCAGAUAUACUACUACAUGAUUCCACUAGCGGUGAUGGUGAUCUCCUUAGACAAUUUGUUGAUGAUGAGGCAGUUGAAGAGGAUGACAGUGACAAUGAUAUGCGUUUCCAAGAUGAUGAAGAUGAUGAAAUCGAUGAUUAUGAGGAUCUUAAAGAUCUAAUUGCUACUGGUUAUGAAGAAGAAAAAGCAGACUUAGAAAAACGCAAUGAGCUACACCAGAAGUGGUUAGAACAACAGGAUUCAUUUGGAACAGAUAACCUUUUGCAGAAACUAGGAUGUGGCUCAAAGGUUAGGGAAUCAACUACAUUGCUCGAGGAGGAAGAAGACGAAUCAUCUGACGAUGAGUCAGCAGAAGAUCUCAGAGAAGGGAACUUGUCUAAAGGAAAGACAAAGAAAAAGAAAAUGAGACUAAUGAUUCCUGAGAUGUUUCCUGACAAGGAUGAAACUUACAGUUCUGACGAUGAGACAGAGACGAGGCUGGCUAAGCAACGCAUUCUAAUCAGAGCUGAAAAAGAAGUGACUUUGUUACCCCCAAUUGAAGAUGAGAACUCUAGAGACGUUUUUGGCCUUAUAAAGAAAUUGAACACCAUCGGUGAUGCUAAGAAGAACGUGAAAACAUCAUUUUUUGAUAAGUUGCUGAUAGGGGGGAAUAGCAACAGCUCCUCUAAGACAUCUUUCCUUGGUCGUGCAUCAAGCCAUUCACUUCCAGCAGCUAAGAAAAAAGGAACGGGUAAUGCUAGGUCUUAUAUUUUCUGCAGAGACGACAGUAAUAGCAGAAGCUCGAUCACAAUUCCAACAGAGGAUUCUUCUGAGGCAAUUGAAACCGAACAUGUUAUGAAAAAGAAAGUGACAAGAAAGUUCAUUAGUAGUACCAGUAGCAGUCAGAGAAUUAUAACGACUGAGAGUGUCUCAAAUCCAACAUCUCUUCUGGAGAUGCUAAAAGUACAACAGUCAAAAAAGCAGCAAUCAUUGAUUAUUGAAGAGGACAAUAUGGUGGGAUUAACUCAAACUGCUUUAGCUGCUUUUAAAAUUCGCAAGAGGCCUUUCAAUACUCAAGGAAGGAAGUGACAAUAUGUGUUGGUUCAUCCACCUUAACAUUAAUUUCAUACAAUAAAUGUUUUCUUUGACUAUUUUCAGUAUCUUUUAGAUACUUAAAUAGAUCCUCUUUUAUUUAAAAAACAACAUGUUCAUUUUAUUCUCUGUAAACUUAUUAUUUGUAAUCUUUCAUUUAUCAAUUUUGACUAAUUUGACAUAGU